AUAGAGUGAGGAAGAUUAACAUCCUCCGUAAUGUUGCUUAAUAACAGCGAUUGGAUAAUUGGAGAUUCCAACGGAACCAUAAUAAUAAACGAUAUCAAUAACGAAACUUUAUCCCUGUACUUUUCAUGGAGCGACGAUGCUCUGUUAAGAAUAUGUCUUUAUUCCAUAAUAUUUAUUUUUGCAAUUCUAGGGAAUAGUCUUGUCAUCAUAACUUUGGCACAGAAUAAAAGAAUGAGGACUGUCACCAACGUGUUCCUCCUCAAUUUGGCCAUCAGCGAUCUUCUUCUCGGAGUUUUCUGUAUGCCAGUCACUCUUAUUGGGGGACUUUUGAGGGAUUUCGUCUUUGGAUCUGCUAUGUGUCGACUUUUUCCCUAUUUACAGGCUGUUUCGGUGUCUGUAACCGUCUGGACUUUAGUGGCUAUUUCUUUGGAGCGAUUUUUUGCCAUCUGUCGACCACUUCAUUCUCGAAGGUGGCAGACUGUUUCGCACGCCUACAAAGUGAUUGCUGCUAUAUGGAUCGGUUCUUUAUCCAUGAUGUUACCUAUCGCUUGUCUAAGUCGACUCAUCCCCCUCCGUAGUCAAGGUAAACAUAAAUGUCGUGAAGUUUGGCCCACAGAUAUUUCAGAACGAAUAUUUAACAUCUAUCUAGAUGCGGCUCUAAUGGCAGUUCCAUUGAUAAUAAUGGUGCUAAUGUAUUCUUUAAUAACGCGCACUCUGUGUUCGGGUGUACAGAUGGAAAACCAUGACUUUCCCCUUCGUUUGAUACGCAAGCAUCACUCGAACGAUUUCGCUUCGUCUUGUAGCAAUAAGAAGAAUCUAUUGGUAACAAAAUCGCACGUUAGUUACCAAACAUUCGCUGUAGCCAGGUCGAAAACACCACGACACCUCAUUAUAAGGGGCAAUCUAGAAAAAAGCCAAGCUUCGAAGAAACGUAUCGUUCGUAUGUUGUUUGUCGUCGUGGUAGAGUUCUUCGUCUGUUGGAGUCCCCUUUACAUCGUCAACACCUGGUCGUUGUUCGAUCAGGAAGCGGUUUAUUCCACAAUUGGAUAUUCGGGUGUAUCCAUUAUACAAUUGUUGGCUUAUAUAUCUUCGUGUUGUAAUCCCAUAACGUACUGUUUUAUGCAUAAAAAAUUCAGAAAAUCGUUCGUGUCCACUUGUUCUUGUAGAAGAAAAACUCGAAGAUCGUCCACCAGGUGGAGUGACAAGUCGGCUACCAUGAAUAGCAUCUGUAGUAUUCGUGGCGGUUCUGUAAGAGUUAGCGCUGUCCUCUGAACGUUUCGUCAACUUUAAAAAGGUGCAAAUAAAAUACGA